CAGGAUGGCGGACUCCAGCCACAGCGGUUCUUGUUUCCACCGGGCCGCCAGAGCUAAGGACCGGCUUCCGGCAGCCUGUGCCGCGUGUGCUCUGCGGCUUCCGGCCGGUUGUGGGUCUCCGCCGCGGGCAUGGGGAAAGUGAGGGGCCUGCGGUCCCGGGUGCACGAGGCUGCCGUGAGGCCCACGGGGGAGGCCGCGCCCGGGCCCACGCCCCCCGCCCGGGAGGCGGCCUCUCUGCAGGCCUCGGCUGGCGGAGUCGGGGGGAAGGAGUGGGCCUUCAUGAAUGCCAGUGUGUUUGCCGGGACCACGAUAGACCCCAGCGCCUUGGUGCAGAAGCUGGACGUGGACGCGAGGAGCAGCGCCUCCGUCAGGAGAGGUGCCAAGGCCAAGGCUGUUUUGCCCAAGAAGGAGAAGCUGAAGCUGAGGCGCGAGAGGUGGCUUCAGAAGAUCGAAGCCACAAGGCUGGCGGAGCAGGAGCGCAAGGCGGAGCAGAGGCGCAGGGCCACGGUGGUGGUAGGGGACCUGCAGCCCCUGCGAGACGCCCUGCCCGAGCUGCUGGAGCUGCAGAUGGGUGGCCAGCGCAGAGCGGCCAUCAGGCCCCGGGCAGCCCAGCUGAGCCGGAUGAGCGCGGCGCAGAGGUUCCAGCUCCUUGAGGAGGAAAGGACGCGGUUUCGGGAGCUGCUGGCCAGCCCGGCCUACAGAGCCAGCCCCCUGCAGGCCAUCGGGCGGCAGCUGGCCCAGCAGAUGCGGCUGGAGGGCAGUGGGCAGUCCUGACGCAGCGCGGGGCGUGCCUGAGCUCCGGGGACGCCCACGAGGAGGUGCCCAGGGGGCCAACUCUGCCAUUGUCGCCCUGCUCCACCAGCCCCUAAGCGACGGGGCUGCUGUCCUCGGCACAGGCGGGUCUACUGAAGUGAGACAGGCAGUUGACGUGGUAGCGUUGUGACUACCCGUUUAUUUUUGCAAUAAAAAAGGUGCUGGAAGAAUCCAGGAUGUCCGUGGAGCUCGGUGCCGGCCACCCAGGAGGUGGUGCGGCCACUCGGCGGGCACUCUUCACGCUU